AUGACUACUGGUCAAAAAUUUGCACGAUUACUUCAGUACCUAGGAAAAUGUUCUGAAAGUAUAAUGUAUCAUGACGAGAUUGUUUCUGCUGUGCGAUGGAUUGGACAAAUUGAAUCAAUUAUGACACGAAUUCAUUUUCAUCCAAAUCAAGUUUUUGAUGAGUCAAAAUAUGUCAUAGAUGUAGUAGCUAAGGAAUAUCUUGAAAAAGCUACCGAUAAUGUUGAUCAUCUUAUUCCAGUCGAAGUCAGUGGGGACGGAAACUGUUUGCAUGGGUCUAUUCUUCUCCUAAUGAAUAAUCCAAUGGUGAUGACAAGCGAAUUGCGUGUUCGAACAAUUAUUGAACUUAUGACGAAUGAAGUUUACUAUUCAAAUAGGUAUUCACAAUUCGUUGGACCACUUGAUAUUACUAUUCAAGGCAUAUGUAAAAAUCAUAUGUUUUCCGAAUUGUACGAAAUUGGUGCUUUAUGCAGUAUACUUGGGUGUAACAUACAAAGUAUUUAUCCAAAUAUUGAUUUUCGAGACGAUAUGGUAUUUCUGAAUAACAUAUUUACAUCUAUUCCAUCUAUAACUAGUAACUGUGAGAUAACAAUUUUGUGGUCCCAUGCCAAGAAUGAAAAACAUGCUCGUGAAGCAAAUCAUGGCACAUGGAGUUCAAACCAUUUUGUUCCUCUCAUGUCAACAGCUAUGUCUUUUGAGUUUGAUGAUAGCAAUCAGUCAACAUCAAAUGGUUUGCUAGGUUAUUACCAAUAA